AACUGGUGUUGGCUGAAAGUUUCCCAAGAGUCUGCAGGAGGAACGCCAGGCUCUGGGAAUCGGAUGCAAGUGUGAGGAGAGCAUGUGCAGAGCAAGCUUAAAAGUCAUCCAGAUUACUCAUCAGGAUGUCAUCCUUUUGUGGAUUUGAAAUAAGUGGAUCCAUUUGGGUGGAAAUUAGAAUCUGCUGGUUAAUUGUUCAGCAUCACAUCUCAUUUGGGGAUCAAGAUGGCCUUAAAUGUCUUUGAUCAUGAUGAAUACAGGCCACCAGUGUGGAAGUCCUAUUUGUACCAGCUCCAACAGGAGGCGCCUCACCCACGCAGAGUCACCUGCACCUGUGAGGUGGAAAACAGACCUAAAUACUAUGGGAGAGAGUACCAUGGGAUGAUUUCAAGGGAGGAUGCUGACCAGUUACUGAGUCAGUCCGAAGGCAGCUACCUCAUCAGAGAGAGUCAGAGACAGCCAGGAACGUACACACUGGCUCUAAGGUUUGGGAACCAGACGAGAAACUUUCGUCUCUAUCAUGAUGGGAAACACUUUGUCGGAGAGAAGAGGUUUGAGUCCAUCCAUGACCUGGUGACCGACGGCCUUAUCACACUCUAUAUUGAGACGAAGGCAGCAGAGUACAUUGCUAAGAUGACCAUAAACCCGAUCUACGAGCAUGUAGGCUACACCACACUCAACCAGGAGCCCACCCUGAAAAAGCACCUGCCGCACAGCCCGGAAACACCCGAUGGACCCGCCCCCAUCAAAAAUGACUGCAGUACAGAGGAGAGGCUCACAUCGCUGGUGCGACGGGCCACUUUGAGGGAAAGCGACCUGGCACCCAAGUACGAGAAGGUUCACAACUUCAAGGUUCAUACAUUCAGGGGUCCCCACUGGUGCGAGUACUGUGCCAACUUCAUGUGGGGUCUCAUCGCUCAGGGAGUGAAAUGUGCAGACUGUGGCCUGAACGUUCAUAAGCAGUGCUCCAAAGUGGUACCGAACGACUGCCAGCCAGACCUUCGGCAUGUGAAGAAGGUGUACAGCUGCGACCUGACCACGCUGGUUAAAGCCCACAACACCAAACGGCCGAUGGUAGUUGACAUGUGCAUACAGGAAAUCGAGGCUAGAGGUCUUCAGUCAGAGGGGUUGUAUAGAAUCUCCGGCUUCAGUGAGCUGAUAGAGGAUGUGAAGCUGGCCUUUGACAGAGAUGGAGAAAAAGCAGAUAUUUCCUCAAACGCUUACGAGGACAUCAACAUCAUCACCGGAGCCCUGAAGCUUUACUUCAGAGAGCUGCCUAUCCCCCUCAUUACAUACGAUGCCUACCCUCGCUUCAUAGAAGCUGCAAAAAUUACAGACCCAGAAAAACGACUGGAGUCUCUCCAUGAGGCCUUGAAAUUGCUACCUCCAGCUCACUGCGAGACUCUGCGAUACCUCAUGGCUCAUCUCAAAAGAGUCACCCAGUAUGAGAAGGAUAAUCUCAUGUCCAGUGAGAACCUGGGCAUCGUCUUCGGCCCGACGCUGAUGAGGGCCCCCGGGCUGGACGCAAUGACGGCGCUCAACGACAUCCGAUACCAGAGACUGGUCGUGGAAACGCUCAUCAAGAACGAAGACGUGUUGUUCUAAGAAGAGGAGAUGGAAACCAACCUUCCUAUGAAAAAAAUGACUCGAUGUUGCGUGAAUGCUUUGUUCUCAUGUGGG